AUGAAAAGGACUAGAAGAUCCACAAGAAUUUCUUAUGCUGAACCGUCAUUAGAUCUAGAUGAUCUUAUUCCAGAGAACGAAGUUUCUUCCAUGAGGACAACAAGACGAUCAACAAGGUCAACGAGACACUCAAGAGAGCUUAAUAAAUUGGAGAUUCAAAAGAAAGAGCUGGAGAUAGAACAAUUGGAGUUUGUUAAGCCACAAAAGAAAUUAAAAGUUGAUAUUAAGCCUUUAUUCAAGGAUUUCGAUUGGAAAAAUUAUGUAAGUGAAGAUACUUUACGUCAUGUGGAGAAGACAGUGCUUCCUGAUUUCCCAAAUGACUCAAAAAAUCAAAUAUCUGAUUUGAUCAAGACUUGGUAUUAUCAUUAUGUUAUGUCAUGGCUCAAUAAUGUUUGUGAUUCAUAUGUUACUACAAUAUUGAAUUCCGUCAAGCCUUUUUGGAAAGAUAUUAAAUUUGAUGAAAUUUUAUUCCUACAGGAUUUUUGUUCAUUUAAUCAACUAGAUGGUAAUACUAUUGAAUUAAAUGAUGAUAAUUUGUCUAGUAAUAAUAAUAAUAGUUCUUUAACAAAAAAUUUAGUUGAAUUAAUUAAGUUGAGAUUGUUGAGAUUAUUAACGAAUAGUAGGAGCCAUACACUGAAUGAAUGGGACUCAAUCAUCAAAGAACAAUUAAAAAUCUAUUAUCCUGCUCAUGAUGUCAUUGAUUUGAAUCUAAAAUUUCAUGAUUUGCCGUUCAUAGAACAAUUUAAAUGUUAUUACUAUAUUAUUAAAAUCAUUGAAAAUAAAAGUAUGACAUUUAAAAAUUAUCUAAAUAGUCAUCUUGAUUUAUUUCAAUUUUCAUCGAUCAAAAAUGAUAAAUCUGAAAAUUCCCGAAUUGUGGUUUUACCAACACAUGGCUCAAUUGUAGAGGUAAAGACAACUUUUAGUGAUGAUAGUGAUUCUGGUUCUUCUAAUAAACUGAGAGUUCCAAUUAAAUUGAAAAAUUGUACUAUAAUUAAAGAAAAUAAAGCAAAUAACGAGAAGGAGUUGAUACACUUAGAUUAUUCCAAUGAGAUUGAUUCCUAUUUGCAAUCUAUUAAAAUACAGUAUAAUGUUUUAUCAUGGGAUUGGCCAAGUUUCAUUGAAUAUGUUAAGAUGAAUCCAAGUGAAUUUUUGACUGAUUUUAUAGAGAUUAAGAUGGCACACCUCUUAUAUUCUUCUAAAUUACUGGCUCAAAGGGAAAAGGCCAAAUCUAUUUCUUUAUUAAUGGUGAAUAGGAAAAGAUCAUCAAGGUUGGUGGCAAGAGAAGAAGAAGCUAAGAGAAAAGAGAUCAGUAAUACAAUUCAAGAUAAAUUGGAUGAUAGAAUGUAUUUUUUGAAAAAUAGACAUAGAUCAUUGUCUAAAUAUAAUAAAAAGUUGAAAGAUAUAAUUUGGAAUAUUCUGUGGUAUAAAUUUGAUCAAGAUUUUAGAUUAAUUAAAAUUAGAGAUAAAAGCAUACAAAAAUUUAUUAAAGAUGAUGAAAAAUUGACAGAGACCGAUAUUAGAAUUAUAAAUAAUGGUGCAUAUUUUACACAAUCCAUAAUUGACAUUGAUGAUGAAUCUAUGUAUAUCCAUGACACAUGUAACAAUGAUCCAGAACAUCUUAUUCAAGAAAUUCCCUCAAGUUUGUGUAUUGAUAGUACUGAUAUUAAAUUGGCUACAGAGAAUGGCAUUGAUUUAAAUAGUAUUAAUAAACCAGACGUAAAAGAUUGGAUAUUCCAUUGCAUAUGUGAUAAUUCGAUUUUUAAACAAGUUCAUACUGAAAUGGAUGAUUAUAAAGAAGAGAUUAUGAAUAAUGACUUGAUAUAUAAUCAUAAAUUAAUAUGUUGUGACCUUUGUAACAUCUGGGAACACUGGGACUGUCAACCUCAAGAAAAUAUAGAUUACCUAGCACAGAUGCAUGCGCCAAUACCUAAAAAAGGUGGUGAUAUCCCAAAGAUUAAACAAUUAACAGAAAAAGAUUUUAGCAUUGUGGUGUUAGGUAAGUUGACUGGUGAAAACUAUUCUGAGUUAAAUCAGCGUAAACUAAGAAAGAGAGUAGAGUAUGAUGGUGGCAAUUAUGAUGAUGAUGACGAUGAUUAUGUUCAAAGAGGGGAUGGUGCUGAUAAUAGAAGAACAUAUAGAAGGUCAACACGGCUAGCUAGUUUAGAACAAGUGCAGAAAAAUGAAGAUAACGAUGUAUCAGGAGUGCAAAAUGAUAAUGAUAAUGAUACAAAUAGCUUACGUCCCGCCGAUUUACGUCCAAGAUAUGGACAAACGUCACCAUAUAUAUGUGGAUUCUGUAUGAGACAUUGGGAAAAGGAAUUAAGAUCAGUAUUUAUACCAGAAUUAGAAAUUAUUAGAGUUAAGCAAAGAAAAGGACAUGAUGACAGAGAAAGAAGAAAACAGAAGAAAUUAGAGAAACAAAGAUUAGAAGAGAUGACCAAGAGUAAUACAGAUCAUAAUAAUAAUAAUAAUAAUAAUAAUAAUAUGAGGCCAACAAAUUCAUCAAUGAAUGGACAGGAAAAAGAAGAAGUACAACGUAUCACUACUAAUACUGAUACCGGUCUUACAACUAAUGUUAUUAGUAAUGGUGAGUCUAUUUCCUCACUCAAAACUGCAAUCACUCCACAAAGAACACUUGAUAUCAGUACAGAUCCAAUAGUUUCAAUUACUAAUACCAACACUACUACAAUAUCCACUAGUAGGAUCAUUCCCACAAUGCCGGAAUAG